AUGAAAAAAACAACCCACAUUUGCUUCUUACUGGUCAUCCUUCUGAUUAGAAUGGUUCCAAGUCUUUCUUCUACUGUAAAUUAUACUGAUCCUACAUUAGAGCCUGUAGUAAAUGAAAAUUCAGUCAUACGACAGAAGAUAAUAGAUUCGCAGUUCAAAUGCUAUGAGAGGAUGAACAGAGCUCCUCCGUAUAAGAAAAAAGGUCUGUUCUGCAACCGAACCUGGGAUGGCUGGUUGUGCUGGGAUGACACGCCUGCUGGAAGAAUCACAGCUCAGAAUUGUCCAGAUUAUUUUCCAGACUUUGAUCCAACUGAGAGGGCUUCAAAAUACUGUGAUGAAACUGGAAACUGGUUCCGCCAUCCUGAGAGCAACCGAACUUGGUCCAACUAUACCCUGUGCAACUCCUUCACCUCUGAAAAACUGAAGAUGGCGUUCAUACUUUAUUAUAUGGCGAUCGUUGGCCAUGCUUUGUCUAUAACAUCCCUGUUGAUUUCCUUGGCAAUUUUCUUCUAUUUCAAGAGCCUCAGCUGCCAAAGGAUAACACUGCAUAAGAAUUUGUUUUUUUCUUAUGUGCUGAACUCCGUGUUUACAAUUGCCCACCUCAUUGCUGUUGUGCCUAACCCAGGCCUUGUAAAAAGGGAUCCCGUAAGCUGCAAAGUGCUGCAAUUCUUUCAUCAGUACAUGUUGGGCUGCAACUACUUCUGGAUGCUCUGCGAAGGCAUUUAUCUUCACACCUUGAUUGUGGUGGCAGUGUUCGCUGAAGAGCAGCGUUUGCACUGGUAUUACCUCUUGGGCUGGGGGUUCCCUUUAGUGCCAGCAUCUAUUCAUGCUGUUGCAAGAGCCAGAUACUUCAAUGACAACUGCUGGAUGAGCGUUGACACACACUUGCUCUAUAUUGUUCAUGGACCUGUAAUGGCAGCUUUAUUGGUCAAUUUUUUCUUUUUGCUUAACAUUGUCCGAGUUUUGGUGACAAAGCUAAGAGAUACCCACCGUGCUGAGUCCAACAUGUAUAUGAAAGCUGUCAGAGCCACUUUAAUCCUGGUGCCCUUACUAGGAAUUCAGUUUGUUAUUAUUCCCUGGAGACCAGAAAACCGACUUGCUGGAGAAAUAUAUGAUUACAUCAUGCAUAUAUUAAUGCAUUACCAGGGCUUACUUGUGGCAACUAUAUUCUGCUUCUUCAAUGGUGAGGUGCAAGGUGCUUUGAAGAGGCAAUGGACACAAUACAAAACCCAGUGGGGCCAAAGGCGCCGAGAGCACUGUUCCACGCGAUCUACCUCCUACACCGCAACAUCAAUCACAGAGCUCCCCGUUUACCUGUACCAUCAUGAUUCCAACAAUGAACAGUUAAAUGGAAGAUACAUAGAGGACUCCGAACUUGUUGCAUUAAAAUCUGGGGAGACCUCUGCCUAG